AAAUAAUUGGCCACACCCCGCGUAUUUUGUUCAAUCAAACGACGAAGCAAAAACACCCAACAAAUUAAAAAUACACAAAAGAAGGUGGGUGCCUUCAAAAACAUGCUUAAAUGACUUGGCAAAACAAGAAUUUGGAGAGAGAGAAAAAAAAAGAGAAGAAAAUUUGAAUAAUUUUCUUCGAAAAUGGCUUUUUCCAAAGAUAAUGUAAUUGGGUUUGGAUUAGCUCUUUCAUCAAGCGGUUUCAUUGGAGCUAGUUUCAUCAUUAAAAAGAAAGGAUUAUGGAAAGCUGGAGCUUCUGGAAUCAGAGCUGGUCAUGGUGGAUAUUCAUAUCUAUUUGAGCCUUUAUGGUGGUUUGGAUUAUUCAUGAUGAUUGUUGGUGAGAUUGCAAAUUUUGUGGCAUAUGCAUUUGCUCCAGCAAUUCUUGUUACACCAUUAGGAGCCUUGAGCAUUAUUGUGAGUGCUGUAUUGGCUCAUUUUAUGUUAAAAGAGAGAUUAAACAAGUUGGGAGUCUUAGGCUGUGUAAUGUGCAUUGUUGGCUCUGUCAUCAUAGUAAUUCAUGCACCACAAGAGCAUGCUAUCACAUCUGUACAAGAAAUAUGGAACAUGGCCACUGAGAUGGCAUUUCUUGUUUAUGUUGGCUCGGUCCUCGUGUUGGUGUUCAUUCUGGUAUUUUACUUUGCACCAAUGUGUGGACACUCAAAUGUGCUGGUUUUCACCGGAAUUUGUUCCUUGAUGGGUUCUCUCUCGGUUAUGAGCGUCAAAGCCCUUGGCAUUUCGUUGAAAUUGACAUUUGAAGGAAACAAUCAGUUAUUCUACCCAGAAACAUGGUUCUUCACAGUGGUUCUCAUGACAUGCAUCAUCACUCAAAUGAAUUAUUUGAAUAAGGCUCUGGAUUCUUUUAACACUGUGGUUGUGUCCCCUAUAUAUUAUGUUAUGUUCACAACACUAACGAUUCUUGCGAGUGUGAUAAUGUUCAAGGAUUGGGAUGGUCAAGAUGGAGGAGCCAUUGCAUCAGAAAUAUGCGGCUUUAUUGUUGUCAUCUCUGGAACAAUCUUGUUGCAGAUGACCAGGGAUAUUAUGGAGAAAUUGCCAUCCUUUAAAGGUGGUUCUUAUGCACCCCCAAUGUCCCCCACCCUCACAGCCGGUCUCUGUGCUGGAAAUGCGGAGCUCUUUAAGUGUGAUUGGGGUGAUGAGGAAAGUCCCGAUGAAGUUCUGUUGAGUAGACAAUUAUCGUACAACUAAAUUGCUCGCCCCCUAUAGAUCAUCUGAUCCGACAGUACUUACUUGUGAGCUCUGGACCUGCAAAAGUUGGUGCUCCCGAGAAUGGUUGAGCGAGUGAGUUAUUCAUUGUUGUUAAGAAGAACAUGGCACCAACAAAAGUGCAGUCUGCAGCCGCUUAGAAGGAUUAAUAGUGAAGCCUGUUGAAAAAAAGGGAAUAGCUUUACUAAUACUUGGAGGAAUAUCAUCGACUGAAGUCUUGGGUUGUCUUCUUCAUAUACCAUUGUAUCUUUCUAAAAUUUUGUUGCUAGUGAAUCCCACAUUUUGUAUCUUCUCCGUGUUUGUGAUCAAACAUUGUAUAUUUGUAUGUAAGUUACUGAUUAUUUGAAAGAAUUGUUCAAAUUUUGCAAUCAAAGUCAUAUGUGGGCGUAUUCCCAAAUCCACAAAUUCGGUUU